ACCUGUGCAUAGCAAUGCGAAAAUUCGGAUAAAAAGUUAUUGGAAAUGUGCUUUAACUUAAUUCAUGGCUGUCUAACUCUAUUAACGCUAUAAACUUAUUAAGACGGACACCAGAGUCCUAACGGAAGUGCAGAAAACAGUGCUGAAAUAGAGUAAAAACUGGGCGGUGGACACCAACCCACAUAGUCGGCAACAUUUUUUUGUAAACAAAUAAUUUGCCGAGGGAAAGACCCAGUCAGUAAUUAACAAAUGCCGUUCAGCUGAGCAAUUUACAGGGACAACAAGACGAUGGACAAUAAGAAGGAUAUAUACAAUCUGUGGGUGCAGUACACGACAAAGAACGAUGAAACCCAUUUCCGUCAGUUUGUGGCCCGCUUUGUCGCCAUUUGGAGGAGUCAACUACAAUUGGACUUCCAAGCGGAGAAUUGUCCCUUGUGGCACGAGGUUCAGCCGGAUAGUGGUCCGCAUUUGGGUCGCUUGCCGGAUGAACUACUUCCUGCCAUUGGGAAAUUCAUAAUUGUGGCCAGAGAUGCUUGUGAAACGGAGGGCAAGUUGGAAGAGGAGGCCAUACAACAGGUGGCAAUUCUAGUGGACUGUUUGGUGAUCGUGUGCCGGCACUUCGACAACAUUCUGGCUGUCAUUAAGUACGAGUACAAGCCCAAUUUAAUCGCCAUACUUUCCAGGGUAUUCAAACAACAAAUGGAACAGGCCCAGGUCGUACCCGCUAUAAGUCAUCUAUUUAGCAGCUUCUCGGCUUUCCUGGAGGUCAUGUACGAUCCGUAUCUGACGUGGCGUAGCUUUGUACGAGGCCAUUCGGCCGACUACAGUCGUCUUUCCUACAAGCCCCACUCGGUUCACGUGGAAAUCGUUCCCUUUAUUUAUGAUUGCUUUCAGGAGGAAAAGCUCAUCCGAUAUGCGGACAUAAGCGAAAGCCUGUUAAACAUCCUUGGCGCUGUGAUUUGCGGCUCUCAGCUGCAACUGAAAGUGCAGAAGUCUCUAAACUCGACCUCGACCCUGUCAAAUAGAAAUACUAACGCUCUAACCACUUCUUCACUUGCCCCCUGCUCGGGUGAUGGGCUGCUAGACUGUGAUAACUUGCGCAAUGGCAUGAAAGCCAUUUGCCCCGCCACGGUGUCCAUCACCAUGAGUAUCCUGCGGCAGUGGGAGAGUGCCAGCGAUCUGCGUCGUGUGGCUUUACAAUGCUACGCUCUGAUGGUAAUUGUUCUGCAGAAAUCUAGUCCGGAAGAACGCCAAAUAGACCUAGUUACGUUAGUUCAACUUUAUUGUGAUGCUCUCCAAGAGCUGUUGGCCACCAAGCACUUUGACAGUGGCGAUGCCACUUUCGAUAUAGCUAGCGAUGCUGACCAGGAUGUGGCUAUCGAUAUGGCAGCGCUCUCCUCCACGGUAGCGGCUGUGAAAUUCUUUGUGACUGGCGAUGCCGGUGUUAGUGAGGCAAUUGCUGAUUCCAAUCUAUUGGAAGUGCUCAACAGUCUUCCAAAGCGCAUAAGGUCAUGGCACAUCGCCCAUUCGAAUUCCCUGUGCAGCACAAUGGAGGCUUUGUCCACUUUGUCGCGUCACUCUUCGCAAUCCUCUUCCCAAUUGCGACAGGGUGAGCGAAUCGAGAGACUGUUCGCCAGUUUGCAGGAAUUUGGCAACCCAACCCUGAGUUUGCUGGACAGUUGCUUUAAGCUGGGGUACGAUGAAAGUGGACACUUGUUGCUGUUACCGGAAGUAAUGUUGCAAUUGCUCAAUUGGGUACCAACGCUUCAAGAGCCGGAGCAGCUUCAUGUGACCAACCUUGUGCUCAAGGGCUGCACCGAUAAUUAUGGAACCAAAUCUGUGGCUUGUGGCAGUCAUAUCAUCAAAGCUGUAUGUGGUUGCCUGCUGACAGCGGAAUCUCUGGCAGAAAACUGUGUUCAAAAUCUCAUUAAAUUGAUAGAGGAGUUAAGCAAGCUUAGUAUUGUCCCUGCAGAGCUAAAGUGCAUAUUUGCAUUGUUGCGUCAGGGAACGAAGUUCCCACAGAGCAAGCAGCUCCAACAGACUCUUGUGGUAAUUGCUCUUCAAAGUUUAAGAGGUAGUAACUCCUGCGCCGAGUACUUCUCUAUCGAGCAGCCCACAGAUGGAAUUCUUGUUCCAGACAUUCGGAACUGGACAAUCUCCGGUUCGUACGGCUUCAUCUUCCAUAUCCUGGUACGCUUCAAUCAGCUGAAGGAUCAAACGAGCGGUCGUCGAAUGCUGCUCACCCUGCAGACAGUCAGUGGCAGUGGAUUUGAGGUCUUUGUCCAACCAAAUGGAAAUGUUGUGGUGGCUGCUUUGACCAGGCGAGAAUAUCUAACAUCCGCCACAGCCACAAAGACACUAAUGGAUGGCCAGUGGCAUUACUUAACAGUGGCUAUAACGCCUCCAAAGCGACCCUUUUCCUAUAGUCAAAUUAAUAUCUAUGUGGAUUUUGUACAGAAGCUAAGUGCCACCCUGAAAGUUCAAGCAGUUAAUGAGCCCUUCACAGUCUGCUCCAUUGGUGCAGUGGUGGCGCCACCACAUCCGGGCGAAGUUGCCAAGUCUGGCGUUAUGCCCAGAUCGUCUUCCCAGGAAAGCGGAUCCAGUGGCUAUAAGGGAAUGCUUCCUAGUCUACUUGAACGAACCCUGUCCGCAAAUGUAUCAAACUACUUCACCCUGCCCAUGCGCACCCAAACCGCAUUUGAUCCUAAUGUAAAAAACUUUCCCAUCGGAAUGCAGGAUACAGUAUUUGGGGAGCAAACUUGUCUUCACGGACACCUUGGUGGGGUGCUGCUUGCCGAUCCAACCACCAGUCUAAAGACAAUUUUCGAUGCCGGCUCAAAUUUUAGUUCAAUCUUCUCCCAGGACAAUGACCUCCUGGAACUGAAUUCGCGCUUCGUUUUCUGCUAUGCUCCGGGAGCAGUGUGGCAUGGCAUCUGCCAGGAUCUUAUACCAGGUGGGAAAUACCCUGGGAGGAUAAAUGCUCAGCACUGCAAGAUCGUAAAGAUCCAGGAGACAAUCAACAGUAUCGGAGGUGUCAGUGCAAUAUUACCCAUCCUGCAUAGGCUGGUCACAUCGGAUCAAGCAGCAGAUAUUUCAAUUGGAAGUGUGAGCGAGGAGUCAUUGUCCUGCGCUCCGACACCAUCGGCGGAAGAAUUUACCGAUUGGGAGAUGCUCUCCUCGAACUCAUACACCGAAUGGAAAAUGCUGCAACACCCGCUGGCUAGCUUCCUGUGUCUAUUACGAUACCUCACUCAUGAGCACGAAACUAACCAAGAACAAUUGCUGAGUAGCGAAUGCCUGGCCAUUGUGGGCACUAUGCUUCAACGCUGCCCGCCGACUCUUUUUGAUGUUAAUGCUUUAAUGGCCACCCACCUGCUGAUGGAAUCGCUCCAAGGACACAAGGCCGAAGCAGGCGGACAGCUUUUGGAUGCAUUGUACGCUCACAUUGUCUUUGACUUUGCUAUCUGGUCGCGUCUGCAGUUUCAAAUCACCUUGGGACAUGCUCAGUACCUGAGUGCCAUGAUCAAGAAUGACAGAAAGUUCUUCCGCAAGCGGUAUGGUGUCCAGUUUGUACUGGACGUGGUACGACAAUACUAUUCCACACCAGACAGCAUCAGCGAUGAAGACGCCAAAACAAUUCGGGCUACGCUAUUCGGAAUAAUUAAGUUCUAUCUGCAAAAGGAAGUGAACAUCAAAGAAGUGAAUUCAAUGAUAGCAUUUCUGGCUUCGGUGCGACAGGAUGUGGUACUUGUGGAGUUCCUGGAAAUGAUGACUUUUUAUGUGCGCGGCAAGAAUUGCAAGGAUCAGAUGGUUCUUCUCCUGCAUGAGCCUCAAUCUGCCAAUCUUAUCUAUAACUUCUUCGUGGACAAGAGCUACAAUAAUGAGAUUCAGGAGGCGGCUAUAAGGUUUAUAAGUGGAUUAUUAGCCACAUCUCGGGUGCACCAGAAAUAUAAGCAAGUGCUUCGAUUGUACGAACAAGCUACCGAGCAGAGCAUGUUUCCUGGAUUUUUCUCCUUCAUCACACCGUCAUCACUCAGCUCUACGAUUAUCUUCCAUUUGGUCGAUGAAAUGCUUGGACUUCAGCCAGACUAUGCAGGUCUUAUAUUUCUGGUUUAUCAUGUGAGCAGUUGUGAUCUUCCCGUAAAACUGGAGGUCGCCAAACGACUGCUUCAAACUACCUUCGUGAAGCAACAUUCCACAGUCGCAAUGGCCAAGCAAACGGGGUGGCAGGAAUCCAUUGCUCGGCUGCUCAUUCGCAAACCCCUUACCAGUUCGCCGCCAGACGAAGAGAAGCGGCGCAGUUUUGGUAUCAACUUGGAUGUGCUUUUGGAGGAUAACUCCAGCUUUUUGGCCCAGGCCGAUCUCAUCACGUUCUCGGAGCAGGAGAUUGGGUUGGCUCAAUUACAGCAGCAGCAGCAAGAGGAACUGAGCGACAGUGGUCUUAUACUUAACGAAAUCCAGGCCAGCGUUUCUGAGGCAGCCACCGUCAUUGAAAGUGAAAUUAAAGAAUUGGCUGAAUCUGUAUCUGGAGCAGUGGUUGAAAAUGCCAGCAGCUUAUUUUCAGUCAUUCGGCAGACCACCCAUGAUCUGCAGGACACAUUCGAGUCCUUGACGUUGGGUAGUUCGACGGAUACGGCCGAUGGCUCGCAGACUCCUUCAAUUCAGCGUGAGGAAUCCAUAAGCUCCGACAGCUCCACGCAGUCGCCGCAUGGUCCGCCAAAGAAAAGUGAUUCCUUGGAGAGCACCUCUGCCUUUGACUUUGUGGCCGAUGGCGAUGUGGACACCGAGGAGCAGUUGGUUUAUCUAGUCUCAAAUACUCUAUUCAACAUUUUCUGGCGCGGAAUUCCUAACGAUCACCCUCAGUGCUGGCAAGAACGUGGCCAAGUGCUGGGCUGCAUCAAUUUGCUGGCUCUUAACAACGAGCUAAUAACUUCUCAUCUAUCGCUACGUCUGCGGAUUUUGGAAAUGGCCGUGCAAGCCUCACUUUUCGAUCUGUCGGAACACGGUAGUCAGACACUAGUCAACCAGGAGAAUGCUUCGCACAUUCUGCGCAUGGUUUAUGAAUUGGUGGUGCUUGGAUCAAAUGAAGACGAGUCAAAGAAGUGUUCUACGAAACUUUUGGACGGUGUCCUAGCUUUGCUUGAUGCCCUGAUGAUCUUCCAACAGGGAUCCUCAGAUGAUUGGUCGGAUAUGAUUCGAUUGUGCUUGGGUCUCCUGCUCAAGUGCUCGCAUCAUCCGAACCCUGGAAUUGUGGCCAUGGCGACGGCCAAACUGCAUGCUAUUCUUCAAAGUCGUUCUACGGAGGAUCCCGCAGAACUCUCGUAUCUUCUGUACAGCAUUAAUAGGGCUCUGGAUAAUGCCAUUGAAGUUGGCAAUCCAGAAGAGUAUUCUUUCUUAAUGCCUGUGAUGAAAGCAUUGCUGGAGAAAUGUCGCUUCGCCUUCAAUUUGGAUUCAACCCUUCCGGAUCUGCCUUCAACCUCGUCUGGUCCUGUCUUCUUUAAUGAUUUCCAAAUGUAUAGCACCAGCAAAAAAUGGAGAAACUUCAUUGAACGCAUGGUGAAGCCGCUGUACGAUCGCUACCAGCGCGACAUUGAGCUGCAUCUGUGGGAACCCAUCAAUCGAUUCUGGGCGGAAUGCUAUGAAGCCUGCAAGGCAGCUUCCAAACAGAGAGCUACAAACCAGACCGAGAACCGGCGUCUAUUCCAGCAAAAGAUCUACAUGCCAUGGAAGGUGCGCCAGGUGGAGGAGAUGCAGCGAUUGCAGGCGGCUGCACUACACCACAAGACCGUCGACAGUCACAUACGGAAGCGGUGGAAGACCGCCAAGCGUUUCUUGUACGGCCCCCGCGGACCCUGGUAUACUGGCGAUCUGAAUGAGGAGUUCUGGAAGCUAUCGCCACAUGAGAACGUGGCACGGAUGCGUCUGAAACUGGAGCCUCAGUUAUAUCCAAACAAACAUGAGAAUGCCGCCAAUCUGCGGGACAAUGCGACCAGUGCCUAUGACACCAAGGAAAUCUCUGAAUUCGACUCCACCAUUAAGAAUGCAGUGGUGCGAGAUUUUCUGGCGGAUGACGAAAGUUCCCAACUCGAGGAGGAACUGCGCCAGCUCAUAGACACGCAGGCACAACAGGAUGUGGCGCUGGAGAAGCUAGUCAUGUCGCAGGAUUGUGAACUGAUCACCCUGAUGACCAAAGUGAAGGGACGCAUUGAGGUUAAUCAAAGCGUGUUCACCUUUGUGGAUUUAAGUCCGCCGACGGAGGAUGGAUCCAAAUACGACUUCCGAUUCUCCACAAAUAAGAUACGUGAAGUGCAUCUCAGGAAGUACAACCUGCGAAGGAGUGCUUUAGAGAUAUUCCUGGUGGACCAGACCAGCUACUUCCUUAACUUCACAACGAAGACUCGAAACAAAGUCUUCACAAAAAUCGUUGGUCUGCCACUUCCAAACAUUCUCUAUGGCUCGGGAAGAUCUCCAGCUGAGCUACUGAGAGCCUCGGGCCUCACACAGAGAUGGAUCAAUCGCGAGAUUUCUAACUUUGAAUACUUGAUGUACCUAAAUACUAUCGCAGGUCGAUCCUACAACGAUCUGAGCCAAUACCCAGUCUUCCCCUGGAUCCUUGCUGACUACACCAGUGACGUGCUGGAUCUUACAGAUCCCAAAUCAUUCCGUGACUUAUCCAAACCCAUUGGAUGUAUAAAUCCCAAAAACGAGGCCGAGGUGCGUGGCAAAUACGACUCAUUUGAGGAUCCCUCUGGUGCCAUACCCAAGUUCCACUAUGGAACCCAUUACUCCAACUCGGCGGGCGUGCUUCACUACUUGCUUCGCGUGGAACCGUUUACCUCUUUGCACAUUGAGUUGCAAAGCGGACGCUUCGAUGUGGCUGAUCGACAAUUCCACUCAAUACCUCAGACCUGGAAGCUGCUGAUGGACAAUCCCAACGAUGUGAAGGAGCUGAUACCCGAGUUCUUUUACUUCCCAGAGUUCCUGAAAAACAUGAACAAAUUUGACUUGGGCCACUUGCAAAUAACCAAAGAAAAAGUGGACGAUGUUAUACUGCCCGCUUGGGCCAACACACCAGAGGAGUUCAUAGCAAUCCACCGACGGGCUUUAGAGUCGGAAUAUGUUAGCCAGCACCUGCACCACUGGAUUGAUCUGAUCUUUGGGUACAAGCAAAAGGGACCCAAAGCAGCGGAGGCUUUAAACGUUUUCUACUAUUGCUCUUAUGAAGGCGCUGUGGAUCUGGACAAGAUUACCAAUCCUGUGGAACGGGAGGCUGUUGAAGGAAUGAUCAACAACUUUGGCCAGGUGCCUUCGCAGUUGCUAAGGGAGCCACAUCCAAGACGCCUUACCCAAGAUGAGACAGCUAUGAAACUAGUACGUGCAGAGCUUCGAAGGCCGGAUCUAACUCAGUUCCUGGACAAGGUGGUUCAGUAUGACUGCGAGCUGUCUACACCCAAGGACCCCAUCGUUUACCUGAGUCCACCGCGGAGUCCUCCGAGAUCAUUCCUCCAGCUGAGUCCCGAUGUUCUAGUCAGCGUUUCCAAGUCUACCAUAUUAGGCUGCAAUUCGUGGCUGUCUUUUGACAAGGAUCACGGAUUCUUGCUGGAAACCGAUGCCACCACAGCAAAUCUGAAGAACCGCAAGCGGAUCUUUGGACCCUUCCAUGCCUCGCAGCCUCCACACUCUCAACUAUUUGCCGUCAGCACGGAUGGCAAACUGCUAUAUGCUGGAGGAAUCUGGGAUAACUCCUUAAGGGUUUACAACCUGAACAAAGGCAAGGCGGUGGCCUCAGUAACCCGUCACCUGGACAUCAUCACCUGCAUAGCGCUGGACAACUGCGGCUCAUACUUGGUGACUGGAUCCCGUGACUGUACCUGCAUUGUUUGGAGCAUUCAGGCAAAUCAGCAGGGUGGUGGUGGAUCAACUAGCAACAUUCCAGUGCACGCGCUGACGGGUCAGUCGCACCUUCAAGCUAUCACCCAGCUGAAUACGCAGAAUAACUAUUCACCCAAGCCCUUAACGGUGCUGCAUGGCCACGACGAUGCAAUCUCCAGUGUGGCUAUAUACACGGAGCUGGAUCUGGUGGUCUCUGGAUCACUGGAUGGAACAGUUAACGUUUAUACUCUUCAGGAGGGUCAAUUUGUUAGAACACUAAAGCCAAUUGGAUGCACUGAAUCAUGUGUACAAAUCUCUUUUGUAACUGUUUCCUAUCAUGGUCACAUCGCCUUUAGCGCUCUGGAUGACACCUCACACUCGGUCCACGUGUACAGCAUCAAUGGCUGCAGUCUGGGCUCUAAGUACGUCUCUGGCAGGGUGACGGGACUGGCCAGUGCCGCUGACUACCUGGUGGUGGCCGAUGAUGCUGGGGAUAUCACUAUGAGCAGACUACAUGGUUUAAAGCCUGUUUUUGACAUUCCACUGCACGUGCCCAUCCAGACGGUGGUAGUUACACCAGGGAACACCCACAUUCUGGCGCCUCUCCGAGAUGGUCGUCUGGCGGUGAUCGCCGUACAGCUGCCCUCCGGCAGCAACAAGAAACAUUCCGUGCUUAACGUUUAAAGUCAGCAGCAUGAGCUGGACAUAAGAUGGACAUUGGGCUACCUGAACUCCCGAAUUUUACUCUCUGCCUAGCAUAAGUUGUACCCGUUCCCGAUUUUUUCUUUUGCUUUUUGCACACCCUAGAUUUAGUAAUUGUGUGUUGUGAUUUGUCAUGGUUUAUUUUUUGUCGUUUCCCAUGCUACGUGACGUGCCAAAAGCAAAGCCUUUGACCAACAAAUAAUUCCCAGAAAGCUGACAAAUGUGUCUAAAGAUAUUCAGCAAGUCGAUCGAUUGCAUUCGAGGAAUUUCCAUGCCAACCAAGCAGUGUUCCCCUAUCGAACAUGCGUGUACACCUGUCGGAGUAGCCGAUCCUCCAUCCUGGGCCACAGAAAUGAUCGAUGGGCCAAGUCGUCUUCAGUUGACGAAAAUCUGAAUAAAUCAUCAAUCAAAUGGCGGCAGCAGCGAGGAGAUAUCUCUUGGCUAAUGGGACCGGGGAGGAGAUGAAGACGGAGACGGAAACGGAGCGUGGCGAUGGAAACUGGUUGUCGACGCACUUGGCAACUACUACUCACUGACUCACGAGCGACUUUCAAAUUGGCCCAAAAAAAGAAAAAGAACCGAAAAUAAAGCGCCCGGCAACAAGCGGCAAGGCGCUUAAAAACGGCAACCGAUCGCACAGCACAGAUCGACGGCAUCCAGCUGCUCGGGUGCUCAAGAGAAACACUUUCGUUGCGCCCCCUUUUCGCCUGCAGACACAACCAAAAAUAGAGCCCAGAUAUCUUCGUCCCAUUAAGUACACACACUCGGAUCACAUGGUAUCGAGUCAUUAACAGACCAUUUCCAAUUGAAAGUAUUAUUACCGCACGAUUACAGUCCGUCCACAAAGAUCCACACACCAGAGACAAUACCAGUGCCAGAACAAAAGAUUCCUUCUAUUUCCAUACUAUACCAUAGUAUCCGCAACAUCAUUCCCAAUCUUAUGCCUUUGAUCGCUCUACACGUUCGUCAGCGAUUGUGACAACCCCCCGCAGGCUCUGAAAUCUUAAAUCUGAAUUUCCAAAGACAAGCGACAAUAUCAAAGGUGAAUUGAAUAUAUAUAUAUUUUAAUCGCAUAUAUAGUAGAGAACUUUCGCACAAUCGGGACGUGAGAUUAGCCCCCGCUUCGAAACUCUGGGCAGCAACCUAUCAAUAUCUUACUCCAGCAAUAUAGUAAUAUCAUCUGUGUACGUAAACGUCCUUCGGGAUCGAGUUCGUUGUUUGUUGUUAAGAUCGUAACGCGUAUUAUGGUAUAAAAAUGUUUUCCCAGUCGUUCAAUGUAUGUACGUAACUGUACGAGUUUAUGUAGAUAAUGUGACUAUCCGUAGUUUGUAGAUCUGUCAAUAAAGUGAUGAAAACCACAGUAA